AAAUCGAUGUUUGGGUACUCCUAAAAAUAUUACUGCUUGCAACUUACGAUUUCUCAACAAUGGAACUGUUGCCUAAUUUAAACCAACAAGGAAAAGUAAUUCCGUGUAUAAGUGACGGUAAUUUUAUUGACGAAAGUGGUCUUUUUAAUGUAAAUAUACGUGGAGACUUUUUCAUGCCCAAGCAACUAUACCAUGUCAUGAAUGGUGAUAUCGAUAAGGUAAUACAAAACAUUUUAAACACACUACAAAUAGACGUCACCUCUAUGUUCGGUGUCACAGAACUUAUGUUAGCAGCUGAAUGUGGACACACAGAAAUUCUAAAGUCUCUGCUCAAAUACGGCGCAGACAUGAACAGGUCCGAGUGUCAAGGUUGGACGGCUCUGAUGUUUGCAUCCAGACACGGUAACCAUGGCAACGUGGAACGCCUGAUCAGGAAGGGAGCAGAUGUGGAGUACGCUACAGUUAACGGGGUCAACGCUUUGCUGGUGGCGGCCGAGCAUGGGAAGGUCAAGGUCGUGCGUACCCUGCUGGAGCACGGCGCCAAACUUGACUGUAUCAGACUUGACCAGUGGACUGUACUGAUGGCAGCGGUCAGCUCUGGAAACUCUGCCCUGGUUCAAAUGUUGCUGGGGAAAGACGUGGAGGUCAAUGAGGAAACGAUUGAUGGCGUCACAGCGUUGAUGGUGGCGGCUUAUUUUAGCGGCAUGGCUGUGAAACCCAAUGGUCGUUUGGUGGUAAAAAAUUCUGGUCCAUUAGACAUAAUGCAUCAGCUGAUCAAACAUGGCGCAGACGUGACGCUACAGGACAGCAAAAGAUGGACGGCGCUGAUGUACGCCUCGCAAGCUGGAGAGAUUGAAGCUGUGGAGCUGUUGCUGGGUGCAGGAGCUGAUGUUGAGCAGAUGGAUGACGACGGCAACACAGCUCUGAUGGUAGCCGCGUCCAACGGUCACGUGCAAGUCUGCGCCGCCCUCGUCAUGUCAGGGGCGGAGGUCAACGCCUGCAACAACCAAGGGGUGACGCCCCUGAUGUUUGCUGCUGGUAGAGGCGAUGAUCCAACAGUUUUAUUACUGCUAGAUAACGGUGCAGAUGUGAACCAAGCAGAUGAUGAGGGAAACACCGCCUUGAUGUUCGCGAACCACCUAAACGUUCUGGGUACUUUAAUUGACAGGGGCGCCGACAUGGAUCAGGCAGAUAAUGAUGGGUGGACGCCCCUGUUGUUGGCGGCUAGGUCUGGCAACAAACAAAACCUAACCUUUCUGUUAGACCGCGGGGUUUGUGUAAACCAGCCUCAUAUGAAAGGGUUUACUCCAGUAAUGGCGGCGGUGUAUUCUGGACGGAAAGAAAUAGCCAACUACUUAAUAGAUCGUGGUGCAGAUAUACAGUCCAGAGAUGGCCAAGGUUUUUCGUCUUUGAUGUACGCGUCACUGCAAGGUGACUCGCACAUUGUAGAGAUGUUGAUAAACAAUGGCGUCAGUGUCAACAUGGCGUCUAAAGACGGCGUCACAGCGCUAAUGUGUGCCGCUAUCUCUUCAUUAGACAACAAUAUCGAGAUUUUAAUCAGACACGGGGCUAAAGUUGACAAGACAACCAAAGAUGGCGUCACGGCUCUCAUGUUCGCCACUGGUGGAGUCAAUGUCUCUUCUGUGCAGAAACUUCUGGAUCACGGAAGUGACGUCAAUCGCUUGUCGAACAACCGGCAGACGGCGAUAAUGAUGGCGGCAAAACACGGAGCACCGUUACAAAUUCUCGAGCUGUUAAUCCAACAUGGCGCAGACGUUAAAAUUUCAGACGACAAUGGCUUGACAGUCUUAAUGUACGCUGCAAAUGAUUCUGUAGAACAGCUGCAAAAAGAAAAUAAAGAGAUUGAAAACUUGGACCCACUGUUGGUGUCUUUUCAGACGCGUACAAGCAAGGAGAUGUGCAAAGUGUUGGUUGUUUUACUUGACGCUGGGGCUGAUGCUGAUGCGUGUGAUGAGAACGGAGAGACCGCUCUGAUGCAGGCCGUGAAGGGAGGCAACAAACAGCACGUGCUGGUCUUACUGUCACGUGGUGCUGACGUCAACACCGUCUCUCGAAAUGGACGCACGGCUCUGAUGAUGGCAGCAGAGAACGGACGGAAGGAUUUCCUGCAGCUCUUGUUGUCUAGACGUGCGGACGUGAACUUGAGAGACGAGACCGGACACACGGCGCUGAUGUACGCUGCAAGCAAUGGCCAUGUUGAUAGCGUCAAGUUGUUGUUAGACCAAAAGGCAAAGAUAGAUGACGUCAAUGUUGAUGGUCAGACGGCGUUAAUGCUGGCAGCCCAGAGUGGCCACAAUAAAUGUCUGGUUGCCUUGGUUACCAGAGGUGCUGACCAACAUAUCGUUGACCAACACGGCUGGACAGCACUGUUGUUGGCUGUUAAAGAUGAUAACAAAGAAAAUAUCAAUUUCCUGUUAGAGAAGGGCGGCGAUGUGAAUCACGUGACCAAUGAUGGGAAGACAACUCUACUGAUUGCAGCAGACGGAGGGUCACCUGAGGUCGUUGAACUUUUGAUCAAACAUGGCGCUAACCUAAACCACGCUGAUAACCAGGGAUACACGGCUUUAAUGGCGGCAUCCACACAUAUCAACCUUGAGCUCGUGAAACGAUUGGUUGAAUGUGGAUGUCACGUGAACCAAUCAGCAGACGGCGUGGUCACUGCCCUGAUGGUUAGCGCGGCAAACGGAAAUGUUUCCAUUGCCAGAUUUUUAAUCAGACGUGGCGCUGACGUCAACAGUGAAGAUUCGAAUGGAUGGAGCCCGUUGAUGCAUGCUGUUAGACAAGGCGAUGUUGACGUUAUCAAACUUUUGCUAGAUAAUGACGGUAAUGUCAAUCACAUUGCUCAAGGUGGGUUCACCUCCCUGAUGAUAGCAGCCGAGAGUGCCAGUAAGGAAGUUGUCUCUUAUUUGAUCAAACGUAGAGCAGACGUCUACAUGAAAGACAACGAAGGCUGGAAUGCUGCCAUGUUCGCAGCCAAGAACAGCAACUCUAAUGUGUUACGAUUAUUUGAGAAUAUAUGAUGUGUCUCAAGCUGGUCAAAAGGCUGUGUUUCUUACAGACUUUUUU